GGAUAAGAAACUUAUAACUCUGCGUGUUUUUUUAUUUUUUAUUUAUUUUUUCUUCUUGUUUUUCAAAGCUUUACCAAUGGAUCCUUUGUCACUUCUUCGUGAGUCGACUAUUAACAACAAACCAGUGGUUCUUCUUGAUGCUGACGGUGCGUCCGUUCCCAACAUCUCUGAUGCCAAGAAUAUCCAGUUUAAUGGCGAUACCAUCUUUCCUCGUGACACGCCAACGAAUUUCAAAAAGACCACCGCGGCCGAGAACGAGACAUACGCUUUGGAGACCUUAAUUUUCUUGGUACAAAACGCACAACUUGAUAACUCAGCCUAUUUCAAAGAAUGCCGUAACCGUCAAAUUGAACAUGUUUCCAUUGUCGAUAGAAGAAAAAUUCUUGAUUACCUAACGGGUAAAGUCGACCAAUCUCCAAACGUCAUUCAAGCCAACAACACUGAAAAGCGACCAAGAGACGACGUCACUUCAACCGAAUCAUCCAUCAAAAAAGCUAAAGUCACACCUUUGAAAUCAGACGAUUCCAUUUUUAUUGUGAAGCAAGUAGUUUCGCGUGAACGUGAGAUCUUGACUCUCUCUUCCGUCUUAAGAGGCAACAAGAACUUUACCCACGCUAUUAAUUUAGCCCAACAAUUAGUAUUAAAGAAGGAAGUACCUGUCGCUCGCCUCAAUACGCAAAAAUCUGGUCUUCCUGCAGCCCACAAACCUAGUUCGGCUGUACCUGCUAAAUCUGCAGCAGCUGUAAAGAGCCAGAAGCUAUCCAGCAAGGAUAAGAUUCCUCUCAUCAUUGUACCCGCUGCACCCACCGCCAAAUUUACAUUAUAUAAUAUUAAGCAAUUCUUGGAGGAUCAAAAAUAUGAGGACUCGCAGGCAUUAAGAGAUGAAGGUCGUAAAAAGCCAGAGAGAGUCACAGUUGAACGCAAGAAGCCCAACGGUCAAUCUGUACCUUAUCAUGUAGUGGAUUCGGUUGCUCACUUUAAACAAAGUGAUUGGGAUCGUGUUUGCUGUGUAUUUGUUGCAGGUCAAUUAUGGCAAUUUAAGGGUUGGAAAUGGGAAAAACCUGUGGAAUUAUUUAGUAAUGUCAAGGGAUUUUAUCCAAAAUGGACUAGUGAUAAAAUCACGGCACCUGCUUCAGAAUGGGCAGUAUCCGAAAUGAAUAUUCAUCGACACAAAAGACAUAUGGACAAAGCAGCUGUUUCACAGUUCUGGGAUGCCUUGGACAGUUACAAUGCUACCCACAAACAGUAUCUCAAUUUCUAAUUCCAUUUUAUUUAUCUCUUUCUUCCUCUCUUUUGUCAAAAAAAAAUACAUUUAUAUCACCAUCACAUAAUAAAAUGCGUAUUAUGUCGACUUU